AUGAUCAGCUCUUUCUCAAUUUAUACGAUCACAAUACCUUUAGUCCUUGCUCUUCGAGCGGCAGAGGAGCUGUGCAAGAUAAUGAACCACUCGGAUUUGUUGAAGGAAGUUUCGACAGCACUGGAAAUCGCAAAAUAUCGAAUAUCAGAAGAAUUAUGGAGCGAAGAGGAUGGAUAUUACCACGCUUGGUGGGAUAAGGAGAAAGGUUCACCAUCCUGGCUGAUGAGUGAUUUACUGUACGCUCAAGUCUGGGCCUACACUCUGGGGCUAGGACACUUGGAAGAUCCAAUAAGGUGAGGAUGAAACUUCGGGCUUCAGGAUAACCUCAGUUUUACUUCCGGGGUUUAAGUUCAGGGUAACGAUCACAAUUUUUUUGCGCUUUUCUUAACAUUUGCUUGACUACACUGAGCGGCGAAGGUUUGAUGACCUAAAAAUGAUUAGGUACUGUUACUAAAUGUCCUAAUGACUAAUUUGGCACCUUUUUCAUUCUCAUAGUAAAGCCAUUUCCAUUACGCUGCAUAAAGCACAAUAAUUUUAGUCACAACAGUUCAGAAGACACCACGUACUACUACUACUACUACUACUACUACUACUACUACUACUACUACUACUACUACUACUACUACUAACACUGUAAAAGGUUAUUACGUCUCUCUCCUUUAUAAAGUUAUUGUUGUACUAUAGGGCCAUUGAAGGAAACGCAUUUUAUUAAUUCCUUCCCUGUACAGGCUCAGAUCUCAUUUGACGAAAGAACUUGAAAUCAACGAUACGCUAUAUGGUCUCCGGGUGAUUGCUACUGACCAUCCAACUAACAAGAGCGUGGGCUCAUGUCCCAAGGAUAUCAGUACUAAGAAUUUAAACGAUUUGGUGGCGCUACACGAGUCAAUCUGGAUGGGUGCCAGCCCUGACUGGACGACUCUUCAACUUCAUUUGGGUAAGCUUGCCAGCAAGAACAGGGUCGUCUUGCUUGUUUCGGUUUCUGCCUAGCACAUCAUUGACAUGGAAGUUGAUUAUCCCAUGGGGGUAACCACUUUGAAAAAGACGUUCGAGAAUAGUAGGUUACAAUUAGCCAGCUAGAAGACUUGACACGUUAACCUGAAUAAAUUGGUCUUUGGUUCAUUCGUUCGUUCAUUCAUGUAAGAAUGUAGGUUCAUGCAUGAAACGUAAUGUAGGUAAACGCCAUCCAUUGCGCGCGGUUAUGGAGGAAUGUAGCCUGUUCCAGGCGUUCCCAGUCCUCCCUCGUUUUCCCCAAAUACAUCAUCAGAUUACGGUAAUAAUGUUGCUAUACCCUCAAACUUUUCCAACCUCCCUUGAGAAAAAAUUCAAUUUGAUUUCACAGCUCGAGCUUAUCGCCUCUCCAUCGGCUAAGCGAGGUUGAAAAGAGAGCUUGCCACACCUAAAAAAGGUUCUCACCCAGUAAAGCUCAGUGAUGAUCGUUUAACAGUGACUACACAGUGUUUCUCUGAAUUACUUCUAGUCAUUGAAAAUAGUCUGAAAAAUUAUUUCCCCGCAGUUGAUGUAUUUCCUCCCUGUCCCACUAAGAGAAGACGAAGCGUUUCUUUCAUGACAGAUUUCGAGGACAUAUUACAGUGCACCUCUCUCUUUACAGACACUUCUAGACGAUUGACAUCUAAAAGAGGACAGUAAAGGUUUUUCCCCGCACUUCUUCAGUUAUAUUCUUUGACUCUCUCAAAGGCGAAAAGCUCUGUAAGACGGAUACUCGGUGACGGUUCAAACGGUGCUCUUCUUAGGGAGAGUUGACUGUAGUAACUCUUGAGUGCAAGCUAAUGCAAAUCUUGAAACAAUCUUAUUUCAGGUUUGGACCCUCAGAAGGCGUUACUACAAGCUGAGAAAGCCAUAGAACACGUUGGUUCAUAG